AGUGUUUCAUGAAUUUUCACCGCGAUCGGUCGCAAUUUUUAAACACGCAGUGAUCUCAUCUCUCAAACUUAAUAAAAAUUUAGAAAGUGUUCUGUAGAGUUUCAUCAGUGAAGUGAUCUCUUGCAAAGUUACUUGCAAUAAGAACUAUUAGCACCUGAAGUUAUUGGAUUAUAUUCUCAAAAGUGAUUUUGCACAUUAAAGGAUGAUGACACUGUGUUUUCACAAAAGCUAUCUAGUUCAUGCAAAGUGACCAAUGACAUUAAAGUGAAAAAGUGUGGACAGCUGUAACGAAUAGAGAAUUAAUUGUGCAUCAUGCGAAAACGACAGAGAUUCUGGUUUACCGUCUUGGAAUUAAUUUUAACGAUUUUUGUGUCAAAAAUCACAACAACAUUCGGUCAAACAACGUGUAACAAUGGCUUAGGAAGAGUCUUGUAUGAGCGCCUCCCUAAUCAACAACUUCAGGGAUUCGACGAUGAUGUAGUCAGAGAUACCGCACCUCCUUUUCGAGUUCUCGAAAAGUGUCAGGAUCUCUGUCUCAGGGAUAGAACAGCUGCCAAUAAUCUUGUUAGGGCUUGUACAAGCUUUGACUUCCAACCUGGCAGUCGAAUAGCUUCGUUUGGUGGAAAUCCUGAAUACGAAGAAUCGACAUGCUAUCUCACGCGUGAACAGGCUGCUCCUGAAGGAAUUGGGAACCUAAUGCUAGUCCCUAAUAGUGUUCACUUUACCGAAGUUUGCCUCACUUCCAGUCGUCCUGAGCGUGAAUGUCCCAGUCGACGAUAUGUCUUCGAACGACAUCCCAGGAAAAAGCUCAAACUGCCAGUUUCGGAUAUUAAAGAGAUGACCGCAGCCAAUAGAUCUGAUUGUGAAGACAAGUGCCUCAAUGAAUUCUCUUUUGUCUGUCGAUCUGCUAAUUUCGAUUCGGCCAUGAGAAGUUGUUCCCUAAGUCGCUUUACAAGACGAACCCACCCUGAACUAAUGGAAGACGAUCCUAAUUCCGAUUACCUAGAAAACACUUGCUUGAAUGCCGAAAGGCGUUGCGAUGGUCUUGCCAUUUUCGUCAAGGAAGAAAAUAAGAAAUUAGGCGGACCAUUCGAAGUGGAUAUAUACAACAACAUGACCUUAGAAGAAUGCCAGAUGAUGUGCCUUAGAGCAGAAAAGUACUUCUGCAGAUCAGUUGAAUUUGACGAUCAAACCAAGCAAUGCAUUUUAUCAGAAGAAGACUCUGUAUCCCAAAAAGAUGACAUUAGUAUAAGUUCAAGCCCUACCCAUCAUUUCUACGAUUUGGUCUGCCUGGAUAACCAAAGAGGAUCAGAAUAUCCAGAUAACUCCGUAACAUCCCAUUUGUUUUCUGGCGGAAGACGACCAGAUACAGCUUUUCAAAGAUACCGCAAUUCAAGGCUAGGUGGUGAAUUCCACUCUGAGAUAACUGGAAGGUCGUUAAGUGAAUGCCUAGAUGAAUGCUUACGUCAGACCAGUUUCCAGUGUCGAUCAGCGGUAUACAGCGAUCGCUUUAGAACUUGCCGUCUGAGUCGCUACAACCAGAAAGAUGGUAUGCGUAUUAUCUACGAUGCCGAUUACGACUACUAUGAAAAUUUAAUGCUCGGUGGGGAUGGUAUGGAUGAUCGCGAUCGUCCUGCUAUGAGACCAGAUAUGGGCAAUGAUUGGCGAAAUCCAUAUCCAGAUAAAGAUCGAUAUCCAGAUGACAGAUAUCCGAAUAAACCUUACGAUCGUUACCCACAAUGGAGACCAGAAAUGGGAGAUCGCUAUCCACCAGAUCGAUAUCCUCCGAGUGGAUACCCCGAUGAUGGACGGUAUCCACAGGGAGAUGAUCGAUAUCGUCCUGGUAUGGGCGACAGGUACUAUCCUCCACCUGGAAUGGGUGAUCGUUAUCCACCAUCGAAUAUGGGUGAUCGAUAUCCACCAUCAAAUAUGGGUGAUCGUUAUCCACCAUCAAAUAUGGGUGAUCGAUAUCCACCAGGCAUGGGAGAUAGGUACCCUCCGUCAAGCAUGGGUGACCGAUAUCCUCCAUCGGGAAUGAGUGAUCGUUAUCCACCUGUAAUGGAUCGAUAUCCUCCAGUCUACGAUAAUAGACUACCUGGAGAUAUGUAUCCCAAUGAUGGAAGGUAUCCUAUGGAUAAUCGGUAUCCUACACGCUAUCCACCAGUAGAUAAUCGCUACCCCAUGAUGGACAGUAGAUAUCCACCCAUGAAGGGUAGAUACCCAGAUGUACCCGAAUACUGGCCACCACCCAGAGGUCGUCCCGGAAUGCCAAGUGGUUAUCCCGGUCCGACUGGACCAAACAUGUCGCAAUAUCCUGAUAAAACAGUUCCACCUGCUGGCCGCUAUCCAGAAUCUGAUAUGAGAUAUCCUGGACAAUACCCAAGCGGUCCUAGUGGGUUUUCCGACACACGUUAUCCCGCUCCCGGAAACAGAUACCCUCCCGUCUCUGACAAUCGCUUCCCAGUAGGUAAUGACCGAUACCCCAUUUACAUAUACAAAUACGGCAACCGUGAAAAAUUUCCAAGUGGCACAGGAUAUGAUAGGUUUCCAGGCUAUCCUGAACACGAUCAGAGCUAUGAUCGAGGUUAUCCAAGUGGAGGAGGAUACUAUUACGGCUACAGGGAUACUGGAUAUGGGGGAUAUGAUAGGGAUCGCGGAUACAACCGUCCUAUUCCUCUUAGUCCUGGUUACCCACCAUACGAAGCACCACUGCCAGUUAGACCAUUAGGUGGUUCUGGUUACGAUAACAACAUAAACUCUCUGACGGGUGACGGCUUUGGUGGUUACGGACCGGUUAGACCAUUUGGAUCUCGAUGCGAUGAGGAUAACUUCAAGCAAGUCGCAUCUAGGCACCGCAUGCGUCGUCCGUACAUUCGACGAGCAAUGACGGUUCCUACACUCUCUCACUGCCAACGAGAAUGCGUUGAUUCUCGUGACUUUGCCUGCCGUAGCUUCAACUACCGCGAAGGUGCCUACUCAGUCGAUAGAGAUCAGGAAGCAUCGAACUGUGAGCUUAGUGAUCGGGAUACUAGAGACAUGGAUCUGCAAGAUCCUAUGAUGUUCGACAUUGGUGCUUAUGAUUACUACGAAAGGAGUUCAGCACGUAAUGGUCUAGAUGGGGACUGCUUAGACGUAUCACAAACUUGUAACGAGGAUGGAAUGGAGUUCACUCUAAGGACACCUGAAGGAUUUAUUGGAAGGAUCUAUACUUAUGGAUUCUAUGAUCGCUGUUUCUUCCGCGGAAAUGGUGGGACUGUAAACGUUUUGAGGAUCAGUGGUCCACAAGGAUAUCCAGAAUGUGGAUCUCAGAGAUAUGGUGAUACGAUGACCAAUAUUGUAGUGGUCCAGUUUUCGGACAAUGUGCAAACCGGUCGAGAUAAGAGGUUCAAUCUGACCUGUCUAUUUCGAGGCCCAGGUGAAGCUGUCGUUACAUCCGGAUACAUUGGAGCAGGGUCCGGUAGUCCCAUCCCAAUUGAAUACCUCCCAGCUGAGAAUACCAUGAACAACAAGGUUCGACUCUUGAUCUUGUAUCAGGGACGACCUACAACAACCAUUGCUGUUGGUGAUCCCCUAACAUUCCGCUUGGAAUCCCAGGAUGGAUACAAGCAAGCAGGGGAUAUUUUUGCCACUAACGUCAUUGCCAGGGAUCCUUACUCGGGUAGAAGUGUGCAACUGAUCGAUAGACAUGGAUGCCCGGUCAACCCAUACGUCUUCCCAGAACUAGACAAACUUCGCGAUGGUGAUACUUUGGAGGCAAGAUUCAAUGCAUUUAAAAUUCCAGAAUCCAACUUCUUAGUGUUCGAAGCUACAGUUAGAUCUUGUCGCGAUGGAUGCCAACCGGCUUACUGUCCUGGGCCAUCGGGAAGAUCUGAGCCUUCAUUUGGAAGGAAAAAGAGGGAAAUCAAUGGAACUCUGAUUGCCCAAGCCACUAUUCAAUUGAACGAAACUGAACUGAAUGAAACUCAGGGAGAUACCGUAGAAGUCUCUUCAACUGAUGACACCACGAUUUACAAUACAGAAGAUGAGGAUAUUGCCAGUGAUUUUCCAGAACAGGUCAGAGAAAUGAUCGAGGUGUUCGAGUCUAGAGAAGAAAUGGAACAAGAUUCAUAUGCAAGGAAAAUUGUGGCACCUCAGGAAACAAUUUGCAUAACACCUUCGGAAUAUCAUGGAUUGAUUAGUGCUGUUAUUCUUCUCAUGAUCCUACUUUUGAGUAUUUCACUGAUCGCCGGACUGGCAUACAGGAGAUAUUGGCACGUUGUUACCAAGAAUCGACUGGCUGAUAGACACUCCCCGGUUACAUCUUUUAGUCCGUCAGCAAUUCAUCAGAAUCUCAAUAUAUCCAAUGUGAAUAGUCAAUUUGAUGCAUCAGGACGCAACAACUCAAAUCGAUCGGGAAGCACAGGACGACCAGGACUAUCUCUAUUCAGUGGAAACCUACAAAAGACCUUUGCUACCGGAAAUUUAUCGCGUAUGUGUCAGAUUCCCGUUAUGAAUCCAAUACGGAAUAAUGGAGGAAAUCCUUUAGAGUUUGAAGAUCCCAGUGAACCAAUUUACACUGAUCCAUCGCUCUUUGAACGGUCAAGAUCACUACGAAGUAUUGCUGUGCGUCAGAGUAAUGAAACAUGAAACUUUUCUACUUUUAAUAAUAAAAUGCAAACGUCUUCAAUUUCAAUUCUUUAAUUUUACCGCAAUUUAAAUAGACUAAUGAUAAUUUACAAUAAAAAAUUGCACAUUCAAAUAAAAAAUUUUUAUUUCAAAACACCUCUAAGCUCGAAGCUAAUUUCUCUGUGAUUUUUUUUUGAGAAUUCGAUAAUUUAAAAGAAAAAUAAUAUUAUUGGUGUGUUUUAAAUCAAGCAUUUCAUAAUUUUCUGCCCAAUAAAUUUUAUCAUCAAUAUUAAAUAAUUUAUUUGAAUUUGCAUUACUCUCCUAUGAUAAUUUGUAUGUUUAAUUAUGUAUUUUCUAAACAAAAUAAAUUGUAGCUCUAACAAUAGAUUAACAAUAAAAAUAUUUGCAAGUCUA